AUGAAACUUUUGUUUUUUAUCUAUAAUUUUAUAUAUUUAAUGAAUACCUAUAAUUAUGAAUGUUAUUUAAUUUCAAAAAAAAAUUCAACUUACGUAAAUAAAAUAAAUAUUAAAAUACUUGGAAGUGUAUAUCCAGAAUCAUUUCUUACACAUUCUAAAAAUAUCAUCUAUAAUUCUUUGAAGAUAACAAGAAAAAAAAAAAAUCGUAAAUCUAUGCAAAUAUAUUUAAUAAAUAAAUCAAAAUUGAAAAAACAAAAUGCAGUAUUAAAAAAUAAAAGUUUUAAACAUGGUCAUUUUUUAAAAAAAAAUAGGUGCACAAAUGAUAUGUCAGAGGAUAAAAUUAAUAAAUUUGACACAAAAAGAAAAGUUCAUAAAAAAAAGGAAGAAACGUAUAUACAAAAUAAUGAUAAAAAUGUAAGUUUAACAAAAAAAAAAAAAAAAAAAAAAAGAUCAAAAAAAGAAAAUAAAAAUCAAAAUGAGUGGCUGUUGAAUUAUAUAAAGAAAAAUAAAAUAAACAAAGAAGAAAACAUUCCAGAUGAUUUAAAAGAUGAACAUCAUGAUUUCCUAAAAUAUUUCAAGAUGCAAGAUAAUACACUAACUAGUGAACUAAAUCCAGAACAAAGUAAAGAAAUUAUAAAGAGUGAUUAUUUUAAAAACUUAAUGGCAGAACUGAAUUUAAAAGAAGAUGAAAUAUUAAGCAUGUUAAAAAGAAAUGAGAAAGAUGUUACUUAUUUAAUUAAUAAAAAUCUAUCCAUAGAAGAAAUAGAAAAAAAAGCAAAAAACGAAGAUGUACAAAAUGAAAAAUUAUUUGUCACUUUCAUGGACAAUAGGAGUUUGAAAGUGGGAAAUUUUGUUAAUUUUAAAAAAAUUGGAAGAAAAUAUAAAGACAUAAUUAGAGAAGUUAUAAAUUAUUUCUUAACUAAAAAAAAAGAUUAUAUUGAUAUGAUGAAGAAUAUAGAAAAUGCUAAUGAAAUCGACAAUUAUAUCAUUUUAUUAAAGGAAAAUGUUUUCUUUAAAGAUUUUAAUAAUGAAAUAUUAAAAGAAAUAGUUAAAAAGACUAUUAUAAUGGGAUAUUUAAAUCAAGUAUUUUCUAAUGAUAUUCAAAAUUUUGAAUGGAAUAAAAACAUAGAAAAAUGUAUUAUGUCAUCUAUAAAUAAUAAAUAUAAAGUAAAAGAAAUUAUAUAUUCUAAUAAUAGCAUAAAUAUAAAUAUAGAAGGUAUGAAAAAUAACGAUAUAGAUUCUGAUGAAUAUGAUGAAAUUGAAAAUUCUAUAAGAAGUUCUAUAGAAGAAUAUCAGAAAAUAAAUAAUUUAAAAAUUCUUUCAUAUUUUAAUAUUUUUAUCACUAUAAGUUAA